AUGGAGCCCAUGGUUCAAGCCGUCUUUGCAACGCACCCGGAGCCUCUCGAAGGAGGGGUAGACAUCGUUGCGUGCGGGAGUACGCUUGGAAAUCUUCUUCGUUUCAUUCGGGGCGACGAAAAGCCAUUUCGAAUGCUCGUCGAGGUAGUUGGCAACACCGUACACCUGAUCCGCAGAGAGAACUCGCCCAAGGAGACGAUACCGAAUGUCCGAGGCUACGGCCACACUUUUCCAGAGGCCUACACAACCUGGGACGCCGAUGUACGGGGCUCAGCAUCUCAUCAGAGAAUCUUGCAAUACACCUUUGGCGGUCUUAGGUGCAUUGUCCGACACGAGGGCGAUGGCUAUCUCAGAGACAAGUUGACUUCGUCAAGCAAGCCAAAGCUUCUAGGAAAGGGGCGUGGGAGCACUCUUGAAGAACUCAUCGCCAGCUUCGAGGGUAAUGGGGUAACCUCCGUGAACCCUGUCCCUUCGUCUGAGCUGCACAUACAGCCAGGUGGAUUCGACGUGCCUCAGUCGGCGGUCUUCGAUCUCAAGACGCGUUCUAAUAUGCGCAGAGGUCAGGACUUCCUGGGCGAGGAGCUUCCUCGUAUGUGGGUUGCACAGAUACCAAACUUCGUACUCGCAUACCACGAUCGCGGCAGAUUCAAUGACAUCGAGGUCAUGGAUGUGUCGGAGAAGAUCCGCGACUGGGAGAGGGAGAUGAACGGAAAGCUCUCGCAGCUGGGCGCGCUACUGCAUCGCAUCAUCGGCCUGGCCCGGACUCAGCCAGGCGGAAAGCUGGAGAUCAGCCGGCAACUUCUGGACAGACUUGAGAUCCGAGCCCAGACUUCAGGGGUGACUCCGGCGUUCUCGGAAGGCGUGUCGGUGAAAUGGGCAUCAUGGCUGGGGCAGCCUGUGAUGAGCAGCGAGGACGAGGAUGUGGAUGAAGUAGCUGGAGGCGAUCUGACUUGGAGCGAUGGUGAAGAUGUCGGCGAUGAUGUCACUGCUUGUUCGCAGGACUGCUCAUACUGCGGUCGAUGCACAUACUGA